GGCCGAGGUCCCCGGCUGCAGGCCCCGGCAAGGCGGCGCCGAGUGGGCGGCGCGCGGCGCGCUCCCCCGCGCCCCCGGCGCCCAGUGCGCCCCUCCCCUGGGCCCGCCCCAGCUCCGCCCGCCGGGCAGCGGGGCUGCGGGGGUGUUCGGCGAGCGCCGGGGCCCGUGGCCAGCCAGGCUCCCGCGUGGCCGCGUGCUAGGAGGCGACUGGCGUCCGGUUUAGGAAGAAUGGACGUGGCGACUAGCUCUCAGGUCCCUAAGGAAGUGGGUGACAUCUUCAACGCCCCCAGCGACGAGGAGGAGUUCCUGGGCUUCCCAGAUGAGCUUCCCAUGGAAAGCCUCUCAGCAGAGGGGAGCUGCGACAGCUUGGACUCGCUGGAGCCCCCGGCGCAGGAUGUGCGUUUCCGCUCCCAGUACUUCACGGAAGAGCUGAGAAGGAUUUUUGUCGAGGACACCGACUCGGAGGACUUUGAGGGCUUCACGCAGAGCGACGUGAGCGGGAGCAGCAGCAUAGAGCUGGGGGCCUCGGAUGUGAGUGAAGACAGCACAGCGUCUGUGAUGAGUGAGGAGGAGGAGGAGGUCUCCCGGCACAGGCGCAGGUCUGGGAGAAAUAGCGUUGGCCUCCGAGUGGCCUUCCAGUUCCCCACCAAGAAGCUGGUCAGUCAGCCCAACGGGAACCCCUCGUGCCCCAGCCCCCGCCUGCAGGACAAGCAGCUGGCGGCUCGCAGGCAGGGCAGGGAUGGGAAGGAAGACAUGGCCUCGGAGUCCGAGGACGAUGAUGACGACGUUGGUGGCGGGGGAGACGAGAGCCAGGAGGCUUCAGAUGCACUGCGCAAGAGGAACCUGAACAUCAAGGAGAACAAGGCCGUGCUGGCUCGCUUAUUGGCAGAACUGGACUCGAUGCCCGAUUUCUUCCCGGUUCGGAGCCCAGCUUCGGCCUCUAAAAAGAAACCGCCGACGAGGCGUGCGUUGUCUGCUGGACAGCUUCCCAGGCGCACAAACCCGGCCCGCAGCGCACGGCCCCCGGAGCGCUUUGCCCUGGAGAACUUCACUGUCUCCGCCGCCAAGUUCGCAGAAGAAUUUCACAAUUUCAGGAGGAGGAAGACCGUUAAUAGGGGCAGGUGCCGGGGGUACAGGCAGCGGCACCGAGCAUCCUCCUUCCGGGCCGUGGAGGACAUCACCGAAGAGGACUUGGAAAACGUGGCCAUCACCGUUCGUGACAAGAUCUAUGACAAAGUGCUGGGCAACACUUGCCAUCAGUGCCGGCAGAAGACCAUCGACACCAAGACGGUGUGUCGCAACCAGGGCUGCGGCGGCGUGCGGGGCCAGUUCUGCGGGCCCUGCCUGAGGAACCGCUACGGCGAGGACGUGCGAUCGGCGCUGCUUGACCCGGACUGGAUGUGCCCUCCUUGCCGCGGGAUCUGUAACUGUAGUUACUGUCGCAGGCGUGACGGCCGCUGUGCCACGGGCAUCCUCAUUCACUUGGCCAAGUUCUACGGCUACAAUAACGUGAAGGAGUACCUCGAGAGCUUACAGAAGCAGCUGGCAGAGGACAGUUAAGAGAACAGAGCUCCAGCCACACGUCGGCACGCACUCCAGGAGCCACACAUACUGUUUGUGCCUCUGACUUUGGACAGUUGUGUUUUUAUACAAAAAUUCUUUGUCCA